AGCCCUACUGGGAACCCGAGACAGGAUGCAGGGAACGCAGUAAUGACCCGAGAAACACCCUCUCAUAUCAAGGGUGGGAAAUAUGAGAGAUGGAAUACUUUGGCGACAGACAGGCAGACCCCAUUCAAAGCCAACAGCACAAACCAUUUUUAAUGGUUUGACAAACUGCCCCUGUUCAGUAACCUAAUCAAUAUUUAAUCUUCAAUGGCAUCUCAGAUAUUUAAGAAGGGAUGUCUCUCUGUAAUUCAAGGCUUUUUCAUUUAUUUAUUUUUUAAAUAACUAUCAUCUAGAGAUGAUAAACCACCCCAGCUUUUUUUCCCACAUGCAAAAACCCCUGAAACAAAAGCAAAGCUGCAUCCUCUCUGGGUCUCUGGUCAGCAGUAGCCAAAAGAAGUCUAUUUUUAAGUUUCAUUAAUGGAGAUUUAGAGUCUUAUCAAGAUGGCAUGAAGUGGGAAGGAUAAGCUUUAUUAAUAUCCUACAGAAUUACAGCCAGAUACUCUUCCAGCAUUGUGUAAACACACUGAAUCCCUCCCCAGCUUCUGUAACAAGGUUCAGAUUCAGCUAGAGAUGAAGACAAGUGACAGGAAAUGGGGACAUCUUAUGCGUCUUCAGAAGAGAAGAGAAAAGAAAGUAGUUCUGAAUGGGUUGAGUGAAAUUUUAGGGAAACCUUCUCUCUAAACAUAACGUAAACACAUGCUUGAUUGCUCAUUAGGAGAGAGGCUGGUUUAGGGGAGUGGAGACAGAUAGGUUGGGGAUGCACAUUGCUGUGGCUGACUAUGUUUUUGAAGCAGGCAGCUGCUUCCUUAGUUUUGUAAGAAAACACAACUCAAUCUUUUUUUAUAUCUUCAAGAAAUUGUUUUCGCUCUGUCUUGAUCAGUAUAUAUCUUUCUAGCUGUCUCUCUAUUCCUCUUCCACUCUCCUUUCGCUCUCUCUUAGGCAUAAAUAACCCACAUUGGGAUGUGUUUGAUUAGUGCAUCUGUUCCUGAGUGUGAGAGGGUCUAAGGGGAAAGUCUGCGUUAAGCUGCUCCCAGCAUUGACUCAGACUCUUCUCAGAGUCCGGCCAAAAGCAGGGCAAUGGGAGGGGCCUGGUCUACAAUUCCAAAGCCAGCUAAUCAGAGGUCCAACUGCUUUUUCACUGAGAGAAUGAUGGCUUGGUAAAGAGGGAAUGCACACAGUCUGGGACCAGUAACCUGUAGGACCGACACGCCAUUGCUAGCUGCUGACUAUCUUCUCCUCCUGUCUGGGUGAUAUAUAAAACUUUCAAAGGAGUGUGUUUAUGCUUGAAUGUGUCACAGAUAGAACUGAAAGAGCCGGACAAAUAUCUGUUCUUUCAUUUUCAACUGUUACAAAAACCUUGAAACAUGAAGAUGAUUGUUGGCUUACUGGUUUUAAGUGGCUGUCUUGCCCAGGGGAUAGGGUACAAGAAGACCUCAGACACAACCGGUAAGAGACAGUACCAGAUCCAGAACGGUCCAUGUAGCUACACCUUCCUACUGCCCGAGCAAGAAAACUGCCUGACCUCCAGUAGCACCUAUUCCAAUCUGGUCCAGAAGGAUGACCCAGCAGAGUAUGACGAGUCUGUUCACAGGCUAGAACAACUGGAGAGCAUUAUGGAGAACAAUACACAGUGGCUUCUCAAGUUGGAGAAUUACAUUCAAGAGAGCAUGAGACAGGAGAUGGUCCAGAUCCAUCAGAACGUCGUUCACAACCACACAGCUACCAUGAUCGAGAUAGGAUCCAACCUGCUGAGCCAAACUGCUGAGCAAACACGCAAACUUACCAACGUGGAGGCACAGGUAAUAAAUCACACAACCCGACUAGAGCGACAACUUCUUGAAAACUCUUUGUCUACUAACAAGCUGGAAAAACAACAAAUUGUCCAAACCAAUGAAAUAAGCAAGCUUAAUGAAAAAAACUGCUUUCUGGAGAAGCGCGUGGGCGAGAUGGAGGAGCAGAGACAGGUGGAGCUAAAGACCCUGCGCGAUGAAAAGGAACAGCUCCAGAUGCUGAUCCAGAGACAGACAUCCAUCAUCGAGGACCUUGAGCAGCAGCUCCUCCGCGCCUCCUCCAACAACUCCGCCCUGCAGCGGCAGCAACAGGAACUGCUGGAGACGGUCAACAACCUCAUCAACACCAUCUCUGUCCCCACUGGUGGAGUGAGCAAGCCCACGAUGAUGCAGGAUACACCCUCGAUGUACAUGGACUGUGCAGCUAUCUACAAAUCAGGGAAUACUGAAAGUGGAGUCUACUCCUUGACCCUUCCCAACACCACACAGGAGAUCAAGGCUUUCUGUGACAUGGAGACAGAGGGGGGUGGAUGGACGGUUCUACAAAGACGAUUUGACGGUCGUGUUGACUUUCAUCGUACGUGGAAAGAGUACAAAAUGGGAUUUGGAGAGCGUUCAGAGGAAUACUGGCUCGGGAAUGAGUUUGUUUCAAAACUGACAAAUCACCAACAAUACACCUUAAGAAUACAGCUCAAAGACUGGGAGGAAAACUCAGCAUUCUCACAAUACGACCAGUUUUCUCUUGGAAGUGAGACGCAAAACUACAGGAUACACCUUAAAGGCUACGAGGGAACAGCAGGCAAAGUUAGCAGCCUUGGUCAGCCAGGAAGUGAUUUCAGCACAAAGGAUGCAGACAAUGACAAAUGCGUUUGUAAAUGCUCACAACUGACCACGGGAGGUUGGUGGUUUGAUGCCUGCGGACCAUCCAAUUUGAAUGGAAUAUAUUUCCAACAGGGCCAGAACUCCAAUCGCUUCAAUGGAAUCAAAUGGUACUACUGGAAAGGCUCAGGUUACUCACUGAAGUCCACUACUAUGAUGAUACGACCUGUAGACUUCUGAGACUGUCUUCUAAAACCAUGAUUUGCAGAGUUCUGUUGUAGAACUCUUCUCUACACAGACAUAGCAUGUAUUCCCCAAUGUCGACUACAUUGAGAGAAAAGCACUGACACUGUCAAUGGAAAAACAAAACAAGAUGGAUCAAAGCACUCCAUGACAGCAACUUUUCGCACAAGUUCUCUAUUUGGAAUGAAACCAAUCAGUUGUUUUCAUCCUCCCAGUCAGUCCUCUGCUCAAAUGUUUACUGAGUUUGUUCCACAUAAAUGGUCGAGGGGGAAAAGGACUGCACCACCAACCAAGACAAACAGGUCAAAGGUUGUCAAAGGACUUGACCAGUUGUAAACAGGGUCAUUCCAUCUGUUGAAAACUGGAACUGUGGUAGAGAUAGAUCCGUUUAUCUCCUUCAAAUGAAGAUGGAUGAACACAUGAACAAAUAUGGAAAAUAUUUGUGUGCAGCACAUUGUGAGGUUGACCAAGUCAAUCUUGUAAUAAUGAUAUUUCAUAUCUCAGUUUCCUUCAGUAUAAGAAAACCAACUAUGGUACAACAGGCAAUAUUUCAAUAUAUAUAAAUAUAUAUAUCCUUGGUUCCACUGAAAUCUACUCAUCUUAGUUAACAAAUUAUGUAUGUACUUAUGUAAUUUAAUUUAAAUGUAUAAAGGGUUCAUGACUGUGGUGAAUAUUUACACUAAGGGAUGCAAUUGCCAACAUGUACAUUAUGAUGAUUCUACUGACUGAUACUUGCUGUUCAAAUAUUAAGACAUUCUUUGACAUCUCUUGAAACUGGCUUGAAAUAUGUUCAUCUUUGUUUUGAUUGAAAUAUCUUCGAGAUCUUACCCCAUGAUAUUCUUUUAAAGGAAAUCUGUACAGUUGAAUAACAUUUUACUAGGGAGUCAUAAAAACAAUUAAUUACUACUGCUAAUUUAAAGGUCCCAUAGCAUGCUGUUUUUGGAUGCUUUUAUAUAGGCCUUAGUGGUCCCCUAAUACUGUAUCUGAAGUGUCUUUCCCAUAAUUCAGCCUUGGUGCAGAAUUAGAGCUACUACGAUGACAAUGAGAUUACUAUGACAAUGAGAUUUCCUUAGGACAUUCCAUUUCUGUGUCUUUAGCUUUAAAUGCUAUGAGGAGGAGAGAGGCGGGGCUAGCUGUCAUGCUUCGGUCGUUUGCAAGCCAUAUCUCUCGAAGAAAAAACAAUAUCGCGCUCGCAGGGUCGAAGCUCAUUUUCCCAUUGGUGGGCCAAAUUCUCUGUGCGGGCAAAGCACAGAAAGGCAGGGUUUCCAGAGGCACUUUUCAGCGGCCGCCUAAGCAACAAACGCCUGCCGCCUUAACAACGUAGUUAAAAAUAAUUGCACAAACUAGCCCCCCCCCGCAUUAGUCUAUCGCACAAACUAGCUUGAGCUUUCAUUUUCUCAAAGGCGUAGAAGAACACCCAGGGCU